AUGUAUGAGACACAGGUUGAUCUGGCCGUCGUCGGCGGUGGUCCUACUGGCAUGUUGACUGCCCUUCUUGCGAAGAGACUUGGUGUCUCGGUUCUGGUGCUAGAUGCGAAACCCCAAGCGCUGCAGCUUGGAAGAGCCGAUGCCUUGAAUGCAAGAUCUCAGCAGUACUUUGAGGUUGUGGGCAUCCUGGACGAUUUGAUUAGCCAGGGCAUCAAAUGCAACACCAGCUCCAUUUUCGCUAAUGGUAACUUUACCUCGCGUCAGAGCCAUUGGUGGACAGGCCUAGAGUAUGUGCUGCACAAGAACUUCCUUAUGCUUGGCCAGCCUGUGGUAGAGCAAGUUCUCGCAGCGGAGCUCAAGGAAUCCAUAUGCUUUAAUGCGCGUGUUGAAUCUGUCCGCGAGACAAAGUCUGGCGUUGAGGUCACCACAGUCUCAGGACGCAUCGUGCACAGCACGUAUUGCAUCGCCUCUGAUGGCGCCAGAUCCAUGGUGCGUCAGGCACUUGGCAUUCCUUUCUCAGGCACCAAGCCUGAGAUGACGUGGGCUGUCUUGGACACCUUCAUCGACAGUGACUUUCCUCGCUGCCCCGAGAUCAUCACAUUCGAACUUGACGGGGAGUCUCGUGUGGCAUGGAUUCCGCGAGAGCGCGAGAUGGCCCGCUUCUAUAGUUUGCUAGACGGCGAAAUCACUGAGGAGAAGGCCAAGGCAUGUGUCAAAAGACACCUGGCUCCUUACCGAGUUGAUUUCACGAAAACCGAAUGGUUCAGCACAUUUGAAGUCAAGGAGAGAAUUGCUCAAACCUUUAUCUCUCAAGACGGCAAUGGGAGGAUUAUCCUCGCGGGCGAUGCUGCCCAUUGCCACUCUGUCAAUGGUGGUCAGGGAUUGAAUACCGGGCUCUCCGAUGCGUUCGGUUUGGGAUGGAGAAUGGCAUAUAUUCUGAAAUACGGUGACAAAUUAGCACCCGGUGCCGCCAAUCAGAUUCUUCAGAGUUACGACAUUGAACGUCGUCAAGUGGCCGAGAGUGUCAUCCGUGUGGCCGCUCGUUUGGUGAGAGAUACCAAGUUUGAGGCCACACAGUACGUUGGCAACGUGGAAAAGAAUGCAAGCUACAUCACCGGAAUGGGCGUGGCGUAUAAUGAUCUCGGCUCUCCUGCCAUCCGCGAAUCCGAGGUGGGUAUAUGGAAGGCAGGUCGAGCAUGCCCCGACAUCCCAUUGAUAGUCCCUGGCACUUCAGAAAUCCAGUAUCUGUAUAAGAUGGUAACGUAUGGGAAGUACCUAGCCCUUGUGGCUGGCGAUUGCGGUGGACAUCUCGACAACUCCAAGGAGCUCGUUCGAUGGCUUAGAAUUCUACCGAAGGUAGAGGGGUUGAAAUACCAUCUCAACGGGGAAAGUGCGUCAAGUUAUUUGACCGAUGUUGUCAAAGAAGGAGAUAAUUAUGUCGUCGUAGUGCGGCCCGAUAUAUGCUUUGGUACAUUCCCUUGCCAGGUGGACAAUUAA